AUGCGCUUAGGGCCAUCUCGUCUAUACUCUCAGACCCCGCCGUUCUACCCUCCCCCCAUUCUCCCCCCUUCCCCCCCAUUCUCCCCCCUUCCCCCCCAUUCUACCCUCCCCCCAUUCUCCUCCCCCCCAUUCUACCCUCCGGAUAUUCUUCCCCCAUACCCCCCAUCAGGAGACAGCAGCAUGUGUGGCGGUGCUGGCGGCGCUGAGGGGAUUCCCUUCGUCGCUGGAGACAGCAGCAUGUGUGGCGGUGCUGGUGGCGCUGAGGGGUUUUCCGUCGUCGCUGGUGAGAAUCCGCCUGGAGAGCGAGAGGGGCGUGCGGCGGGCGCGUGCCAGCCUUGUGGCAGACCCGCCUCACCAGCUGCCCUACAACAUCCAGGCGGAAGCAGCCACACUGCUGCCUCUCAUCACCAGCACCGCCCUCCUCCGUCACUUCACAGAGCGGAAGCAGCUACACUGCUGCCGCUCAUCGCCAGCACCGCCCUCCUGCGCCACUUCACAGAGCGACACGAGUCAUCCCGCACCCUUGCCGGCAUGCUCUGCACGUCGCUGUCAGAGCCGUCCGGCCUGCCUUUGGAGCAGCAGCACACGAGCCAGUGCCUGCAAGCCCUCGCCCAGGCCAUCCGCGUGUUUCUCGAUAACACAGCCAUGCUGUUAUGCAAGCUGGAGAGUCAGUGUGAGAGCCACGGGAUGAGGUUGCUGGAGCUCAAGCGGUGCAUUCAGCUUAUAGCGCAUAGAGUGAGGGUGCUCACACCCGUGCCCAUAGCGGACGGAGGGAGGGUUCUCGAGCCCAUCCCCAUAGCGGACGGAGGGAGGGUUCUCGAGCCCAUCCCCAUAGCGGACGGAGGGAGGGUUCUCGAGCCCAUCGUGAGCGGCUGGGUCUUGGAUCUCUCACUCUAUCCCUGGCAGCUCAGUCGGUGCAACCAUUUCCCCCAAUGCUCCCCUCUGUGUGUUGCCGUGCCGUGCCCCACAGCCCAUAGCGGACGGAGGGAGGGUUCUCGAGCCCAUCGUGAGCGGCUGGGUCUUGGAUCUCUCACUCUAUCCCUGGCAGCUCAGUCGGUGCAACCAUUUCCCCCAAUGCUCCCCUCUGUGUGUUGCCGUGCCGUGCCCCACAGCCCAUAG